AUGAACCGAGUGGUCACUGCACAUCACUAUUGUUCACAUCCCAAUGAGCAAAUUUGCCAAUGCGUGAUUUACGACAAUGAUACCAAAGAUGCUCGAUUGAUUGGUAUUGAAUACAUCAUUUCGGAAGAAUUAUAUAACAAAUUGGAUCCUGAAGAACAAAAACUCUGGCAUUCUCAUGUCUAUGAGGUAAAGGGAGGAUUAAUUACGUGUCCUCACAUUCCUACUAUGGCAGAGCAUGAAGUUAUGAAAUUUCUGAUUAAGAGCUAUGGCAAAACCAUUCAUACUUGGCAAGUAGAUCAAGGACAUGACAUUCCUAUAGGUCUACCCAAUGUCAUGAUGGCUUUCACAUAUGAAGACCCAAGCUUUCAAAAAGCUAUUAAAGAUCGAGAUGUUAAAUAUUCCUUGGACAGGCAAGCUGUGAUCAAAAACAGAGCAGAUAUUAAGGAACCAGUAAUUCACCCUAAUGCAGAUUCAUGGUCCAAAGGAAAUAAGAAGUUGCAUUUGGUCUUAUCAGAAACAAAAGACGUCUCCGAAAGCACUAACGGCAGUAUUGGUUAUGUGGUAAAGCCAUCUUCUCAAUCACCAUCUGUAUCAACCAAUAUGACUGGAACGGCCUCCACUUGUGUUUCUCUAGAUGAUUCCAAAGCAUCAUCCCAACAGCACCUCUCUCCAUCCUCAGCAUCCGAUCGAGAGGUCGAAAAUGAAACACUUACAGAGCCAAAUGAGUGA